UCGCGGUGCCCGAACCAAAACAUUUGAGCGUCGCGCACUCGAAAGUGAUUUCAAAGGUGUUCAGAUUUAGUUUUGUCUGGCUUAAGACAAUAGAAAUUUGGGUUUCAGUUCUGCAUUAAUUGUGCUCAAGACAUUCGAUUUUAACUGGAAACAGUGCCCAAGUCUCAGGAUUAGUUAGCGAACAAGACAAUCAACAAAUUCAAGAUGCGUCCUCCGGCUCAAUUUGACGGUCAACUGGCUAAUGAAGCUGAGGCUGAACAGCAAGACCCCAGAAUGGUAGCUAUGAUGAUUAGUACCAGAUUAGCUGGACGAGCUGUAAUCCGGGUAGUGGGAAGAUGUGAAGAAGCUCAAGAAAAUCAAGAAUUAGAUCUCUCAAACUGCCAGUUGAUGCAAGUUCCAGAUGCAGUUUACCAUCUUAUGCGACACACUGAAUUGAAAACUUGUGAUCUUAGCGACAAUGUGAUUACCAAAAUUCCUCCUAAGUUUGCUGUUAAAUUUAAUUUAAUUACAGACUUAAACCUUGCCCAUAAUCAAAUGUCGAAACUUCCAGAGGAGUGUGCCGAAAUGGGCAAUCUGGAAACUUUGGAUAUUUCCCACAACAGUUUUAUGUCAUUGCCAAACUGUUCCUUUAAAAUGCCCAAACUAAGAAUUCUCAAAGCCAGCGAUAAUCAAAUCAUGGAUGUAGAUGUAGACAACCUGACUGAAGCGCCUUCGUUGGAAAGUGUGGACCUAGAAAGAAAUCCACUGGCUCCUCGAAUCCACGAUCAGCUCUCCAGGAUCUCCACUAUAUUAAUCACAAUAUCGCCAAGGCAAACAGAAGACUGGGAAGACCUCACUAUCUAAAUUGUGAUAUAUUUAGAUAUUAGAGUCGUCCAUCUUUUAAUUAUAUGCUUGUGAUUUAACAAUAGUUGAAAGCACUGAUUUUAUUUGUCUAUCGAAAUUGCAAUCAAAUAUUUUUCACCAUCAAUUGGUUGAUCGAAUUUUUUUACUCAGAAUAAAAUGUGACUAUAAAUUUUGAUAACAUGUUCGCCAAUACUUUUAUCUAUUGUUGAGUAGCAGUACUGACUAAAGUCUUUUGCAUCAAACGACACGUUUGUAAUCAGAUACAAACAUUGCUGUUCGAUUAUUUGUAUUUUUGUAAUCAGAAUCUGUAUUUACAGUAGUUCAUUUUUGUGAUUUCCUAUUUAAUUCUAGGUGACUUCUACUAAUAUAGCAAGUACUUAAUUUGUAAAUAUCAUUAAAUUGGAGGUUGAAUGAAACCUUUCUAUUUGGAGGAUUUUGGGAGGUGUUUGAUAGGAUCUCCCUCUACGUCCUCUAGCUGCUGAUAUGUCUUAUAAGCAAGAGUUUGCUUUCGUGUGUUCAGACGUAGUUUUGUAAUUACAAUAUUCAGCCAAUAAGAAAUGUCUGAUACUCUUUGCUUGAUGUUUUACACUACUUUUUACCAGUUUUUAGAUACACUAUGUUACAUCUUUGUGUAUUUAGGUGCACAUAUAAACAUAUCGUUUAGAGUACCUACUUAAAUAUCCAAAUGGCACAAAAUACUUCUAUUUCCAUGUAUUUCCAUGACAAUAAGUGUACAAGAAUGCAUCAUCAAAACGCUGUACAUAUUAUAAAUAUUUACCAGUUGUAAAUCAGGAGAUUUUUGUAAUAAAUCAAGACUUCGUCUUGGAAAAGUUAAAUAAUUUUUAAGAGCAACGUUGACUUUCUCAUCUAGUCAUAUGUAAAUGUGAUAAUAAGUAGGAUGAAACCAUCCAUUUUGUAUAGACAAUAUAUAAAGCAUGGCAAAUAAAUCCAAUUUUACUAAU